AUGGUGCAAGAUGUCUUGAGUCGUGUUUUGUGCUUACCAGGUGGCAAGAUCUUCGCUGCCCUUGAUCACCCUGCCCCCGGGUGCCAGCAGGCGGGAGUGUGGUAUGUGGAGGAGGAGGUGGAGAGCAUAGAGGACAAUGCGCGGAGCAGCAAUGAAGUUUGUAUCAAUUCAACAGCCACAAUCUACCUAUGCCAGCAGGCGGGAGUGCGGUAUGUGGAGAAGGAGGUGGAGAGCAUGGAUGACGAUGCACGGAGCAGCUCAGUGGCGUGCACUGAUGGGUCAAUCAUCAACAGCAGGCUCGUUGUGGUGGCGGCUGGAGCAGCUUCUGGGAAGUUUCUCAAGUACGACAAUGACACGAGAGGCGUGGGCGUGCAAACAGCAUACGGCAUCGAAGUGGAGCUGGACUCAGCCUACCCGUACAACCCAGCCAGCAUGCUGUUCAUGGACUAUCGGGACCUCCAACGCUCCAGGGAGGAGCUGGCAGCCGAAGGGGAGCUCUCCCAGCGCCCCAGCUUCCUCUACGCCAUGCCUUCCACCCCCACACGGGUGUUCUUCCAGGCAGAGGAGAGAGUGCUCCCUCAGCGCCCCAGCUUCCUCUACGCCAUGCCUUCCACCCCCACAUGGGUCUUCUUCCAGGAGACGUGCCUGGCGUCCCGCCCUGCAAUGCCGUUUGACAUGCCUCCAGUGCCUCCUUUUUCUCCCUUCCUCUCUGUUCUUCGUCAUCUCUUCUCCCCCCUCCCUCGACCCACGCCUCUCUGGGUAACAGGAGACGUGCCUGGCGUCCCGCCCUGCAAUGCCGAGACGUGCCUGGCAUCCCGCCCUGCAAUGCCGUUUGACAUGCUCAAAACGCGCCUGCGCAGCCGGCUGGCACAGCUGGGGGUGAUAUACACCGUGACGCACGAGGAGGUGAGAGCCGUGUCUGACCGUCCUCUUCAGAGUGAUUGUUUGAUUGUUGUUCUUCGCUCAUGUAGUGACUGCAGCCGGCUGGCACAGCUGGGGGUGAAAUACACCGUGACGCACGAGGAGGUGAGAGCCGUGAUUGGCAUUCCACUUGAGUGGGCGGCUCUCUCCCUCACACCACGCAGCAGCACCUGGGCUUUCCCCAUCCCUGCUUACCACGCCCCUGCCCUCCCUCACCCCUAUUUCCCUUCUCCCCUUCGCCCCACCUACCAGGAGUGGUCCUACAUCCCUUUUGAGACGUCUCAAAAGUUCUCCCCUUCGCCCCACCUACCAGGAGUGGAGUGGUCCUACAUCCCUGUGGGCGGCUCUCUCCCUCUUACCACGCAGCAGCACCUGGGCUUUGGUGCUGCUGCGUCCAUGAUUCAUCCUGCCACAGGCUACUCUAUCACUCGCUCUCUCACCGAAGCUCCCCACUAUGCCACUGCCCUCGCUGCUGCUCUGCGCUCUCCCAGCCGAACUUCACUAGAAGCUGCAACUCAAGCCUGGGACCACCUGUGGUCAGCAGAGCGCAAGAGGCAGCAAUCAUUCAUGAUAUUUGGCCUCGAGCUCAUUCUGCAGCUCGAUGCACCAGCCACCCGAGACUUCUUCAACGCCUUCUUCAAGCUGCCCCCCAGUUACCCCUCUCGACCCUUCCCCACCACUCUGCUUCUCCCCUCACCCUUCUCCGCCCUUCUUUGCUCCUCACCAACCCUCUCCACCCAUCUCCACCCCUCUCCACCCCUCAGGCUAUGGCGGGGCUUCCUGGCGUCCAACCUCUCCUCCCUCGACCUCCUCCUCCUCGCCUUCUCCACCUUCCUGGUCGCCUCCAACCCUCUCCGCUCCGCCUUAUCAACCAUCUAA